AAAGAGUACAGAUUUUUUUUUUAAGCCUCCAAAUCCACCUUCUUGCUCCACUUUACCAAGGACAAGGGCAGCAUAAUAAGCUGAGAAGGGAAACAAAGAUAUUUCUAGAUUCCGGCUGCUAUGGGGAAAUUACAAAUGAGGUCUGACGCUAUGUUUGUUUCUUUUUCAUUAUGAAAAAUACCUUGCCUGACAUGGGCACCCUGCCACCGUUGGGAGAACCGUGAGAAUCCAGUUUGUUCCAAAAACACUGCCACUGAGAGGUCUCCAAUCUUCUCUGUGAAGUCCUCCUUGGAACUCCCCAGUUAAAGUGCUCCCACAGCGCCCUCCAUCCAGCAGUCUCCUAGCAGCCAUUGCACUCUUUAUAACUGCCUGUUUAGAUGCCUGUCUCCUCUCCAGUCAAGGCUCCUCUAAGGAGCACCAGCAGCUCCUGAUGGGAGAUGACAAAGGAGGAGCUGGUGCUGCCCUCUGCUGCUCAGUGACGAUGAGGAAACAAAAGUCCAGAGAGGACACAGCAUAUGUAAAGACUUGUAAGUGAGAAAUAGCAUAGUAUAUGCAAUCUACUUAUGAGCAAUCUCUGGUGCUGAAGCAAAGGUGACAUACAAAUGGCUGAGCUAUACACUAGGAGUUCAUGUUAAUCAGGCCAAACAGAUGCUGUAUGAUUAUGUUGAAAGGAAGCGAAAGGAAAAUUCAGGAGCCCAACUGCAUGUCACUUAUUUAGUGUCUGGCAGUCUCAUUCAGAAUGGACAAUCCUGCCACAAGGUUGCAGUAGUGAGAGAAGAUAAAUUGGAAGCAGUGAAGUCCAAGCUAGCUGUGACUGCCAGUGUACAUGUGUACAGCAUCCAGAAAGCCAUGCUAAAGGACAGUGGGCCUCUGUUCAAUACCGACUAUGACAUCCUUAAAAGCAACUUGCAGAACUGCAGCAAGUUUAGUGCCAUCCAGUGUGCAGCUGCUGUCCCUAGAGCUCCUGCUGAAUCCUCAUCUUCUGAAAAGUUUGAGCAGUCACAUCUUCCGGUAUCACCUGAGACACAAGCCAGUAAUAAGUUGACCACCAAUGGUCAUGGCCCACCUAUCCCCAAACAGAGUUCCCAGCAGCCCAAAGGAAUCAUGGGCAUGUUUGCUUCUAAAGCUGCUUCUAAAACCCAAGAUGCCAACAAGGAAACCAAAACAGAGGCUAAAGAAGUAACGAAUGCAUCUUCGGUAGGCAACAAGGCACCAGGGAAAGGGAAUGCGAUAAGCAAUUUUUUUGGAAAAGCUGCUAUGAAUAAAAUUAAAGUCAAUUUGGAUUCAGAACAAGCAGUGAAAGAAGAAAAAAAAGUGGAGCAACCUCCACUGUCUGUCACUGAACCAAAGCUGGCAGCCCCUGUGGGCCUGAAGAAAUCUAGCAAAAAAGCAGAGCCUGUUAAGAUGCAGCAGAAGGAAAAAAAAAGGAGGAAGCAAGUGGAGUUAUCUGAUGAUGAGACAAAAGAAACUGAAAACAUGAAGAAAAAGAGGAGAAGAAUCAAACUUCCUGAGUCUGAUAGCAGUGAAGAUGAAGUUCUGAAGGCUAAGAAGUCCAAAAUCAAGGUGCCUGCUGAUUCAGUUCCUGUCAUACCAGACUCUCCUGGGGCUUAUGAAGCUGAGUCACCAUCCCCACCUCCUCCUGCUUCUCCAUCUCCUGAACCAGUGCCUAAGACUGAGCCAGAGCCUCCUUCUGUCAAGGGCUCAAGUGGAGAAAACAAAAGAAAACGAAAACGUGUGCUAAAAUCUAAAGCCUUUGUGGACGAGGAGGGCUGCAUAGUAACUGAAAAGGUCUACGAGAGUGAAUCCUGCACAGAUAGUGAAGAAGAGCUUAAGAUGAAGACUUCCUCUGUACAUAGGCCUCCCGCCAUGACUCUGAAAAAGGAACCCAAAGAGGAACGAAAGGGCCCAAAGAAAGGAACUGCUGCUCUGGGCAAAGCCAAUAGACAAGUGUCCAUUACUGGCUUCUUCCAGAGGAAGUGAACUGCCAUCUCUGUUAGGUCAGAGAUGUGGAGUGGUCAAGGGACAAGACCAAGACAUACAGACUCUCACUUACUGUGUAAGUUCAUCCAGUGCCUCACCUCCUCUUUAUCAAAAGACUGUUCUUCCAUCCUGUAAGGUUUAUACAGCUUCUGGUUUUCAACAAAAAGGAAAUCACCUGGAAGCAAGAGGCAAAAGAAUAUUUCAAAAGCUGUUAUCUUCUAAUGACAUUUUUUAAGCACAAUUUUGACCUGUCCAGGAGAAGAGUUCAUUCCAAAAAUAAAUUGGAACAGGUUUCAGAAUUAUCACUGAAGCCAUCAGUGGCAAAUCCACUGUGCCCUACCUGCCCUGUGCCCUUAUCCAUCCAUUUAUGGCUCAGGAAGUGAUCCUUCUUGUUCUUUUGUAUUUUGUGGACUUGUGUGGGUAUUCUUUCAUGCCUGAAUUUUACUGGAUGUGUUUACCACUUCCCCAUCCUCCCUUCCCCACUACCACACUUCUGUGUGAAGCAUUUUCUGUAAGUCUUUUAAAUCUUGGUUGGACUAAAGGCUGAAACA